AUGGUUUGGGCUAAAUCCACUUACAUCUUCUCUUUUACCUUGUUUUGUGCCCACAUAACAGCUGUAUCGGUAAGUAGAGUUCUGCUCUUUGGAUAUUUAGAAAUAUCAAUUCUAGUAUACAUUAUCCAUUCUGUACAUUUUUUCUUUCAGAUUAAGCAUCUUUCUAAAGGAAAUGUACAUGAUGCAGAGCUUGGUGAACAGAAAGAUAUUUCAGAAAUCAAUUUAGCUGCAGGCUUGGACCUCUUUCAAGGGGACAUCCUCUUAAAGAACUCCAGAAAUGCCUUGAGAGACCCAAGCACCAGAUGGAAGUUCCCCAUUCCUUACAUCCUGGCUGACAACCUGGCACUGAAUGCCAAAGGAGCCAUUCUCUAUGCCUUUGAAAUGUUCCGCCUCAGGUCCUGCGUGGAUUUCAAGCCCUAUGAAGGAGAGAGCACAUAUAUCAUAUUUCAACAGUUUAGUGGGUGCUGGUCUAUGGUUGGUGACCAACAAGUGGGACAGAACCUUUCCAUUGGCCAGGGCUGCGACUACAAGGCCAUCAUCGAACAUGAAAUCCUGCACGCUUUGGGAUUUUAUCACGAGCAGUCACGGACUGACCGGGAUGAUUAUGUCAACAUUUGGUGGGAUGAAAUUAUUUCAGGGUAUGAGCACAACUUUAACACCUACGAUGACGACUUCAUCACAGACCUCAACACGCCCUAUGAUUACGAGUCUGUGAUGCAUUACGCACCUUUCUCAUUUAACAAGAAUGAGAGUGUCCCUACCAUCACGGCCAAGAUUGCUGAGUUUGACUCGGUCAUUGGGCAGCGCCUGGAUUUCAGUGCCUUGGAUUUAGAGAGGCUGAACCGAAUGUACAACUGCACCUCAACUCACACCCUUUUGGACCACUGUGCUUUUGAGAAGGCAAACAUCUGUGGGAUGAUUCAGGGCACCAGAGAUGAUGCUGACUGGGUCCAUGAGGACAGUGCCCAGGCUGGACAAGUGGAUCACACCUUGCUGGGACAAUGCAGAGGUGCCGGCUACUUCAUGCAAUUCAACACCAGCUCAGGCGCAGCAGAAGAGGCGGCCCUGCUGGAGUCCCGGAUUCUCUACCCAAAGAGGAAGCAGCAGUGCCUGCAGUUUUUCUACAAAAUGACAGGAAGCCCUUCAGACAGGCUUGUCGUCUGGGUCAGGAGGGAUGACAGUACCGGCAAUGUUCGCAAGCUGGUCAAGGUGAAGACCUUUCAAGGUACUCAGGGGUAUUCAUGCAAGGAUUGCUUUUGGCUGAAAAAAUCUAGGAUCGUGCUCCUUCUCUUCCUUCCCUUUCUCUUCCCUUUUCUCCUCCUUCCCCUCUUCCUUCCUUUUCUUCUCCUCCCACUCUUCCUCCUCUUCAUUAUCCUCCUCCUCCACCUCCUUUCUCCUCUUCUAAGAGCCCAGACUGGCAUAUUUGAAUGUCUGCAUAAAGAAGUAAUGCGAUUUUAUGUUACCUACAACUUUGCAGCGAUAAAUGGCUCUGUCAUCUGGGACAGGCCAUCCAGGGUGGGAUCCUAUGAUACGAACUGUGAUUGUUUUAGAAGCCUCGACUGGGGCUGGAAUACUUUCAUCUCCCACCAAAUGCUGGGAAGGAGGAGUUUCCUUAAAAAUGAUGACCUCAUCAUGUUCGUGGACUUUGAAGAUAUCACGUACCUUAACCAAACUGAAGUUCCCGCCAGAGGCGAAAGGCUGAGCCCCCAAGACCUUGUUCUCCAAGGCCGGGAGCAGCAGCAGGCCUCCCAGGAAGGCUCAGGCCCGGCCGUGGCAGUGGGAGCCCAGCCCGGAGUCCCGGGCCAGGGGCAGCCCGGGCGACAGAGGCGGUCAGUGGACAACACGGGCCCCUUGGAGGACCACAACUGGCCGCAGUACUUCAGAGACCCGUGUGACCCCAACCCUUGCCAAAACGACGGCAUCUGUGUGAACGUGAAGGGCAUGGCGAGCUGCAGGUGCGUCUCUGGACAUGCUUUCUUCUACACGGGGGAGCGCUGCCAGGCCAUGCAGGUGGACGGCAGCGUUCUGGGCCUGAUGAUCGGAGGCACGGCGGGGGUGGUCUUCUUGACCUUCACCAUCAUCUCCAUCCUUCGCCGAACGCCAAGGCAGUGACCCGCCUGCCGGUCUCGGCCAGACCGCAGAAGCCCCUCCUCCACUCAGGCCUUCCCUUCCUGUGGUCAAUCCAGUUUGGGACAGUUUCCAUCAGCCUUGCUUUGAAUGGGGCCUCUAAGGACCAAGGCCUCCAGUCCUACAUGUGACCCUGAUCAUUUUUCUGCCCCCUACAUGGUUCUGUUACCCUGCUAUGUGCUCCUAAUGUAUCUAGUGUGUCCUGUGACAAAACUCAUCAUGCUUAACUGUAAAUCACGUGUUUAACUGACUGUCUUUCCCUUGGACUGCAGGCUCCAUGAAGUCAUGUCGUCCUCAUUGACCAUGCAAGCCCCAAGUGCCUAGACACGUGCCUGGCUGGCACCUUGUGGGCACUCAAUAAAGGUUGAAUGAAUGAACCGAUAAAUGAAUGAAUAACUGAGAUCUAGAAGCCCUCUCAUGUCUAUUUCAGAUCAGGUAUAUACAAUAAAAUCCAUAUGUUGGUCA